UAUGCACCCAGUCCGCAAAGCUCGUCGGACACUCAGUCUGCAUGCCAUAGUCCAGAAAGCAAGUUUCCUGUCUGCUGCUGACGUGCUGCGCAUUACCUGGAUUGCUGCCGUUGCGUGGUACGAGCUUGGCAUCUUCUUUUGGAGCGUUGGACGCUGUCAAUGGCCGGAUAAGGCGUUUGUCUAUGACAGUGCGGUUGGCACGAAGUCGGAACCCGCUUCACAACUUGCACAUGGACUCCUCGUCGCUGACCCUCAAGUGCUGGACUUACACUCCUACCCAGAACGCGGGCGUAUCCUGGGACUGCUCUCGCAGGUCGUUGUUGAUCUCAAUAUGCGCAAAGGCUGGUGGGCUGUCAAGCGGCUUCUGUUAAGAGAGAACGAUGAAGUGGACAAGCACGACGCCAUUGUGUUCUUGGGCGACAUGAUGGAUAACGGUAGAAAUGCGUAUAGUGACACAGAGUACUUGGAUUACUACAAACGCUUCAGGUCAAUCUUCUCAACUGAUUCCUUCACAAAGCUUUACUAUAUACCAGGAAAUCAUGACGUCGGACUGGGAACGUCACGGUCAUUUUCACCGCGAACACGUUCACGCUACGUCAAGCAUUUCGGGCGGCUCAACUACAAAGUAUCGCUGGCAAAUCACACGUUCGUGAUGCUGGACGCGCCAGGAUUGGUCGAAGAAGAUUACCGCCGCGCUUCGGCAAACCAAAGAUUUGAGGACUGGACACCGCCACCUGGCGGUGUGAUCGACUUUGUGAAUAAAUUCUCGAGCGUGGGAAGUGAUGAACCCGUGAUACUGUUCAGUCAUAUUCCUCUAUUUAGGCCUGAUACGGCUUCUUGCGGGCCACUUCGUGAACGGGGUACUAUUCGACGUGGAGUCGGUUUUGGAUAUCAAAACACGCUCGGAAGGCAUACGUCCGAUUUUAUCUUGAAAAAUAUUCGUCCAAAUGCGAUUUUCAGUGGCGAUGACCACGAUUAUUGUGAAUACACCCAUAGCGUUCCGCUCGUUUCUGAGGGCCCGGAACCAAAGAUCGAGUAUGUCCGUGAAGUGACAGUCAAAUCAUUCUCGAUGGCAAUGGGCAUUCGCAAUCCUGGCUUUCAGCUCCUCUCACUUGUGGACCCAACGUCCCUAAUUCCAGGUAGUCCAUCACAUGCCGACGCACCUUGUAUUCUUCCCGAUCAGCUUGCAAUCUACCUUGGCCGAUACCUCCCACUUCUCUUCGUCACUCUAUGCGUGUUGGGAAUCUCCACCUUGCGCAGAGUACGAAGUCACGGAGGAUGGUCAGCGUAUACGCUUGAAAUCGACUCAACGGACAGUUCGUCGGUGCAGAUGAGUCCUGAAUCGACGUUUGGGGGACCAUUCAGUGCGACUCGUAUGCCGCAUUCUGCGGGUCUUCGGAGUUCGGAUUAUAACAACACUGCACCUACGUAUCGCGCAUUCAGUGCUACUUUCCCUUCAACGCCUUACACACCGGACUUCAACGUCACCUCAAACAGCCGUGUAGCUACCCCUGGGUUAUUGUCCGCUCCUCCUGCAGGAUUGGCUGCAUUUCCCGCUGGAGACAUUGAGAAUGGUCAUGGAUCUUCUACUCGUGACGAAUAUGACAACGAGUUCGACGAGGAAGCACAAUUUGCUGGACGACGAAUGCAUAACAACUCGUAUCUCACUCCUUCGGUCAACCUAUCAGCACCAUACCGAAGACGUCUAGCAUGGACACGAACAUUCGUCUUGCGCGGUCGACGAAGGCGGAUUACGAUAGGUGUACCACCCUUACUUGAACAAGCCCUCAUAAAACUUUAUCGAGCACUUCGAUAUAGGAGACUCGGCAGAGUUGCGAGUCCAAGAUGGACGGGAAGAGGACGGAAAGGAGGGUAUUAUACACGAUCGGGUGGACACGAAAGUGCUAUGAGGAUUUUCUUGGAUGGCAUGCUUGCCGCUGCGUGGCCUCCGUUACUUGUCUUUGUUUUAAUAAAUUAUUACAUGUUUUUGUAGUUGUGAUUAAUAGACUAUUACUUCGUAGAGACAUCAA